GGCAAAACCACAGAAAAGAGGAAGCCCUCGAGUGGCCCAGCCCAGCACAGGCAGCUGCCCAGGCAGACGCACACAGGCACCUCGCAAGCCACCGCAACGGCCCUUCCCCGGCACCAACUGGAGGUGACAGCCAGCCUGGCAGCAUGCCCCGAGCACUGCAGCUGCCACGGCUGCUGUGGGGCAGGCCCAUCAUGAAGGCAGUGGUCACCGCCGGGGUGUUUGUAACAACCCUCUGGAACCUACGGUACUUCCUCAACCCCUCCGAGGUCUCUGGUGAAGCCUCCAAGCACACUGAGCCGCUGAUGGUCCUCGUGUGGAAAUGGCCCUCGAAGCAGGUCCCCAACAUCAGCGGGGAUGUUUGCCGUGAGCUGUACGGCAUCGUGGGCUGCCAGCUCACCAUGGAGCGACAGCUUCUGGGCCAGGCAAAUGUGGUGGUGUUCCCCCAUACCAGACUCCAGCCUGGCAGGGACACGCUGCCCAAGGAGAGGCCGCCGGGGCAGAACUGGGUGUGGGUCUCCCUGGAGUCCCCCUCCAACACUAAAGCUCUAGCGGGAUGGAACCAGACCUUCAACUGGGUGAUGACCUACAGAAGGGACUCAGACAUCUUCAUUCCCUACGGCAAGCUUGUACCAAACCAGUCAGCCACUGUGAACAUCCCCACAAAGACCAACUUGGUGUCCUGGGUUAUCAGCAACUACCACAGGACUCAGAAAAGAGCUGAAGUCUACAAAAACCUCUCCAGAUACCUCCAUGUGAACAUAUAUGGGAAAGCAAACAAAAAGCCUCUUUGCAAGGACUGCCUCUUGCCAACGACAUCCAAGUCCAAGUUCUACCUGGCCUUUGAGAACUCCAUCCACCAGGACUACAUCACCGAGAAGCUCUGGAGGAACUCGCUGUUGGCUGGCACUGUGCCCGUGGUGCUGGGACCUCCCCGGGCCAACUACGAGCAGUUCGUUCCUGCAGACUCCUUCAUUCACGUUGAUGACUUUGGUUCCCUGGCAGAGCUGGCCACUUUCCUCAAGACUAUGAAUUCCAGCCGCUACCGGCAGUUCUUCUCCUGGCAGAAGAGGUACAGCGUGAAGCUCUAUGCUGACUGGAGAGAGCGGAUCUGCACCAUCUGCACUGCCUACCCCAGCCUGCCCCGUGGCCAUGUUUAUCCCGACCUGGAGAGCUGGUUCAACACCUAGCAUGGGGCUGGUUGUGCUGGGAUCAUCGGGGACGCAUCUGGGUAGAGGAUGCUGGGGUGGAGGGGAGCGUGGGUCACCCUCUUACAGAUGAGGCUGUGGGGCAGGGAGGGAUGUGGGAGCCCCGACUUCUCCCAGCUCAGCUGUUGCCACACUGGGAGCUUGAGCAGCUCUUGCAAAAUGGGACUAAACC